GGAAAUCAUUAUCCAUCCGGUUACGAGGACAAGCAAGGCCACGUUCAAAUUACAUUGGCCGGGUUGAAGUAUUCUACUCUGGGAAAUGGGGAACAAUCUGUGAUAAUGGUUGGGAUAUAAAUGAUGCUAGAGUUGUAUGUCGUCAACUUGGAUAUAAAUACGGUGUUAGAGCUCUUCUAGGGAAAGAUGUUCCUGAUGGUACUGGACAGAUAUGGUUAGAUGAUGUUGCUUGCGCUGGAAAUGAGUUAAGUUUGAGCAAUUGUUCUCAUAGCGGAUGGGGAAAUAAAAAUUGCGGGCACACCAAAGACGCUGGAGUAGAAUGUUCUGCAAUAACAG